CGUCCCUCAUUUUUCUCGCAAUCCAAACACUCCCUCCUUCCUCGCCAACCGUCAAAUCCCAACCGCCACCAACCACCUCCGAACAUGCCCAACAACACAGGCCAACGUCGUUAUUUUUCCCACUGUUUGCCACCACGUCGAAAGCCCAAAACCGUCGACCCGCUCUUCUCUUACAUUGCCGUGGCGGAGAAGCAGGGCUCGUUUUUACAAACCAUUCUGUCCUCGGCUUGCACGGCGGCGAAGGGUGAAGGAAAAGAAAGUGCAUGUCGUCGGAGAAAGAUAGGGAGAAGUUGUCGCCGGGCAUUAAUGGCGGCUUUGAAUCACACAUCAUUGGGCAAGAAGAUUGUUAAAAGUAGAAAAAUAAAGAAGGAUACUGCUUUUUCCAAAUCAAGAAUCGGCAAGUUAGAAGAAGGUGAUAGAAUCUCUAACAUAGAGCAGAAAACUACUACCCCUGCAUUCACCGUGUAUUCAUCAUCAUCUUCUACAUGUUUAAGUAGUUCCCAAGGUACUCUGGCUUUGGUGUCAUUUCCAAUGAAUGGAUUUGGGGUGAAAAAGCAGAAGCAAUUAGAUGUUAGAGAUAGUAGAAAAGGAUAUUUUGGAUCCACAACGGCCAUGUGUUUGCUUCUUUUGACUAGUCUUCUGGUGUUGAUUCUGUGGGGAAAGUUUUGUGCUAUACUCUGCACUUCAAUUGGGUUCUUUGUGGUGCCUCAUCUGGGGAGAAAGUACAUGAUCAAGUAGAGGAGCCAUAGCCAAGCCGAGGGUAGAGCUUCUAUAUAUGUGUCAAAAGCCAUAGGAUAAGAUCUGAUGGUGGUAGUGGUGUUGGUGAUGGAGGGCAGCGGUGGUGGCAGUGGCAAAGGGGGCAUAAAUAGAUGAUUAAAUAUUUUUAAGUAGUUUUUAUGUCACAAAAUUAUUAAGUCUUAUCUCACCUUUGUAGAUUUGAUUAAAUAAUCCAUCAUAUAAUAUAAGAUUAGAUUGAUUGAUAAGUUAAUAUAAUACAAUAUUAACAUUACACAAACUAAUAAACUCAUAUUGUAUUGUAUAAGCUUAUAUUAUCAAAUAUCAUAUGCU